CAAACACCACUCCUUUUUGCUCCAAAAGUUAAAUAUUUGCCACCAAAAGGUAUGUUUUCCAAAUAUUUGACACCGAAAGCCAGACACGAGUUGGCAAGAGUAUGAUGUAUACAACAGCGUUAUGUUUUUCUUGUCUUGGCUGCUCUGGGAUUCUUCAAUGUUUAUGCCAUGAGGGUGAACCUGAGUGUUGCCCUGGUGGCAAUGGUAAACCAAACUGGGCACAAGGAAGAAAAUGUGUCAUACGAGUGUCCGCAGGAUAGCAAUGGCAGCACAGUCAAUACAGAUUCGACUGGUGAUUUUAACUGGAGCCCCUCACUUCAGGGAACAAUACUGGGUGCAUUCUUUUAUGGUUAUGUUGUAACUCAGAUCCCCGGUGGAUACCUUUCAGGGAGAUUCGGUGGCAAGUACUUCUUUGGCCUAGGCGUCCUGACAACUGGCAUCCUGACUCUACUCACCCCACUUGCUGCAAAGACGAAUGUCUAUCUCUUUAUUGUGCUCAGAGUUCUUGAAGGAAUCGGUGAGGGUGUAACCUAUCCGACCAUGCAUGCUAUGAUGGGGAAAUGGGCGCCCCCACUUGAGAGAAGUCGACUGCUUUCCGUUGCUUAUGCUGGAGGUCAGAUCGGAACAGCUGUUUCAAUGCCAAUCACAGGUUAUCUAUGCAAAUACGGCUUUGCUGGUGGCUGGCCAUCAGUUUUCUAUGUGUUUGGUUCAUUUGCAUGCGUAUGGUUCAUAUUCUGGAUGCUUCUGGUCUAUGACUCGCCGUCAGUGCACCCAUGGAUAUCGGAGGAAGAGAAAGUCUACAUCAUCUCAUCUAUAGGUGAUCCAGUCACAAAGAAACAUGAGUCAGUGCCAUGGUGUGGCAUCCUGACGUCUGUGUCUGUGUGGUCCAUGUGUGCCGCCCACUUCGGUGGUAGUUACAUCUUCUAUACCUUGCUAACCGACUUGCCAACCUAUUUGGAUGUGGUGCUGCAUUUUGAUCUCAAACAGGACGGCCUGCUGUCUGCUCUUCCAUACAUCCUUAACUUUAUUGUGAAUCUGCUCUCGGGGCUUCUUACCGAUCUACUGCUGACCAAGCAAGUUUGGCGGGUCACUACUGCCCGGAAGGUCAACACUGCAUUUGCCCUCCUCUUGCCAGCAGCCUGUAUGUUUGGUGCUUCUUUCAUGGGCUGUGACUACUACAUCGGAGUGGGUCUUCUUUCACUGAGCACCGGAUUGCUUGGGAGUGGGACUGCUGGCUUCGUGGCAAGCGUAGUCGACGUCGCUCCACGCUUUGCUGGCUCUACGAUGGGAUUCGUUAACAUGAUGGGAAACGUCACAGGAAUUGUAGCGCCCUUAGUGGUGGGCUUAUUAACUAACAAUAAUAAUACCCAGGCUCAAUGGAACAAAGUUUUCUACAUCGCAAGCAGUGUCUCGGUGCUAGGUGCGAUCGUCUACGUGCUCUUUGGAAAGGCAGAGAGAGAACCGUGGGGUUAUGGAAAAGAUGAUAAAUUGAUUACGGAGAGUAUGGCCACACCGCAUGAAACCCCUGGCCCAGCACCGUUGGAUCCUCAAAGACCUUCUUGGGACAAUUCAUCAGAGGUUUUAAGUAGGCGGGCUAGUCCGUUGAAAAUUAAUUGAUCUGAUUUUCAGGGGAGUACCAAGUGGUCGGGGAGGCGGGGUGUUUUUGACCAUAAUUUUUGCUGAGUUUUAAAAAAAGUCUCAUUUCUCAAAAUCUGAGCUUACCACCCGACCAAAGAAAAAUUGAGUGGAGAACACUGGAAUAGAACAGAAUAGAAUUUAUUGCUCAACAAAAUAGUACAUCGCAAAGAGCACAGAAACUAUACUAUACAAAUUACAAAUGUACAUAAGAUGGAUUUUUGAAAGGACGGCUCCUAGCAGAGCUAUUAACAGUAAGCCAAUAUAAACAGAGUAAUGAUAACCAAAGAAUACAAAUUCACAUACAUUAUUCAGAGCAGUUGGAGUGAUUUUGACAACAAAAAUGUUAAUUUCAGUAAGGUAUGAACACUGAUGCCUACUUAGAUCCCACAGUUGUCAUGGUUGUGUGAUACAGUUUGCUAGAGUGUAUUGCGGUCAGAGGUAUUAUUGCAGCUCAUGAACGCAAUUCUCUUUUGCUACAGUAUUUUCUAUUGCUACAGAUAGUUCUGGUUGUCAUUGUAGUGACAAGUUUUCUACAUUUUCUAGUCACACUACUGUUUAGCAAUGCACUUUUACAACAUUUCUGAUACUGUGAAAUAACUUAAUUUAGCAUUUGUGUGAUGAUUGCCAUUAUUUUACCUGUCUGUGGGAAAAUAUUUAUAGUAUUUUAAUCGCACUUUCUUAACUUCCUUGGAUCAUGUGAGGAAAUGAUUGGGGUAUUGUGACUUACCUCUUAUUACUAAAUACUACUGGGCAUCAUAUUGUUUCAACUCUCAAUUGGGAAAUAUUAAUUAAUGUGUUUGCAACAGUUUGUAGAAAUAGGUUUUUGAAAUUUGCCAUUUGAAUCAAGAUUUUACCAUAUACAUGUAUUGGCUAAUAUCUCCUGACCAAAGAUUCACUCAAAUCUAGUGCGAAUCAACACAAAAUGAUUCCCUGCAACUCGUAACAUAGCCCUAUUUGCAAUAUUGGUUAUAUUGCUGCGUUAUAGACUAUCAUGUUGACGUAUGCCAAUUAAGCUUUAUAGUUGAAUUUCUGUCUCUUUCUGGUCUCAAUACCGCGGAUUAGCCAAAUCCUUUCUUCAGUUAUGUGGUAUUGACCAUGUGAAUUUUCGACAACUGCUUACUCUUCUAUACAUGUAUGUUUAUAUUGUUUCGUAGUGGAAAUAUUUCUGAGUGCAUUAUUCCCUUGUGUAUUGUUGCAAUCAUAUUUUACAUACCAGUUUGUUGUAGUACGCAGAAGGGUCAUGUCGGAUUAUUAUUUAUUAUUAUUAAAACAUAUUUUUAGGUGCCUUUAUCAAAAAAUUGCUCAAAGGCACCUUACAAUCUUAAGAAACAAUGUGCUCAAAGUACUAAAAUACAGCAAUAAAACAAUUUAAAAAAAUUAGGACCACAUGAUUAAAAACGAAUUUAAAAAUAGGCUAAUUUAAAAAGAUAGGUUUUCAAUGCCUUCUUGAAGAUGCCCAGGUCAGCAGUCGAUCGGAUGGACAGAGGAAGUUCAUUCCGCAGCCUUGGGCCGAAGCCCCAAAAGAUGUGAAAUUAUUGCUGAUACAUGUCUUGUUUCAGUCAUUCCAGUUUCCAUUUAUAGCCUUGCAGUCUAUAAUGAUUACCAGUAAAUGUACAGUGCAUUGUGAACUUUUGUGAGCAUUUUUUCUUUUUCAUAAUUUGUAUGAUCUGAUGUUAUCACAGAUAGGUAAAAUAUAGGUUAUCACAGAUAGGCAAAAUAUAGGUUGUGCAUGCAUAUUAACCAGCUGAACAGUUUUUAGCUCACCUUUGGGCAGCUUAUACAAUACCAUGGCGUCCAUCAUACCAUGCGUGGAGCAUGUUUUAUAGCCGCUUGGGCUAGAUGGCUGUAUUUUUGCAUGAUGGUAGCAUUGGGCAAUAAUAUGUCCGGACUAUUGCCAUUUAAAAAGCUAAUGGUUUUAGCUAGAGCAACAAACAUUUUAUUGUGAGUGCAUGUGAUAAGGAUGCAUCACAUAUCACAAGGGUUCUCGAUUCGACCUUCUUUUCAAGGUCACAGAGGUCAAACUCGAAGAUUUCACAGAAAGGUGGCACAUUUUUACUAUUUCACAUAGACUCUUCAAAGUUGAUAUGUGGACACUUACUUUAAGCAUCUCUACAUGUUGACAAAGAUUUAGGUCAAUGUGACCUAUUUUUCAGGUUUAAGUAGUCAAAAUGGCAUUAAAUCUUAAAGUGAUACUAUGAUGUGAUUUACAACUUUGCGGAAAUACGUCCGUUUUUAAUUGUUGAUCACAAAUGUAAAGCUCAAAUUUUCCAUUUUUGAUUAGAUUUAUUAUAAAAUCACUGAUUGUAAACCACCGCGACCGCGAAAAUGUUCAUGUUGUGACGUCAUCAACGAAAACGGCAUCGAAGCAUGCCGUCCGGGCGGGAUUAAACCAUCAAUUUCUAGAAAAUGUGCAUUUCGAUUCGAACACCUUACCGAUUUAUGAGAAAGUGACGUGGUCAUUUGUCAAAAACAGCUAAAACAUUAUAUGGUGAAAUUUGACACGAGUUACCCUUUAAGUGUGGGGUCAUACAUCAAGAAACUUCAGUGUGUGAUCUUAUCUGCUUGUUGUAGUUCACUGGCAUGACUGGUGACAAACCUGGGGAAAAAAGCUUUUGUUAUGUAAAUCUGACGGUCACCACCUGUGCAAGAGGUAAGCACAAUGGCCUUGGCCAUUUCAGCAUGAUGGGGCAUUGUAUCUUUAACAAACCACAUUCUGAUUAUUUUGUGGCUUCAUUGUUAAUGCUCAAGGCCUAUGGGUGACGGACAUGUAAGGUGUUUUUCCAGACUAUUUUUGAGGGUCAAACUGAUAAUCGUCUGUGAUGAUUGACAUUUAUUAUAUAUUUUAUGGUGUUUUAAAUAUACAAACUUAUACAA